AUGAACGAAUCCAGGGAGAAACUCGAAGAGGUUAUUCUCGAUGCCUCAUCGGAUUCUCCAGAUGAGACGAUUACUACUAUGGAGUAUCCUACAAAGCUGAAGCUGGUUAUGACUGUCGUGGCGUUGGUACUCAGUAUGUUCUUGGCUGCACUGGAUAUGACUAUUCUCUCUACUGCAAUUCCAGAAAUUACCAGUGACUUCAACUCGCUUGAGGAUAUUGGAUGGUAUGCGUCAGCUUUCUUCUUAACUAUAGCAUCGUUCCAAUCGACCUGGGGUAAAGCGUAUAAGUACUUCGACCUCAAACCGGUUUUCCUACUCGGUAUCGCAAUUUUCGAAUUAGGGAGCUUGAUAUGUGGGGUCUCGCCAAAUAGUGCUGUCUUGAUCGUUGGUCGAGCGAUCACUGGACUAGGAGCUGCCGGUAUUCUAGGAGGCUGCUUUACUAUCAUCGCGUUCUCCGUGCCGCCGUUGAAGAGACCGGCGUUCAAUGGUAUUCUCGGGGCUACAUAUGGAUUUGCUAGUGUAGUUGGCCCUCUGUUAGGCGGUUUCUUCACAGCAAAGGUAUCUUGGAGAUGGUGUUUCUACAUCAAUCUCCCAAUUGGAGGAGUAUCUGCUGCAAUCAUUUUAUUCUUCUUUAAAACACCAAAAGGGGCGAACGUGGCCAACGAUACGACUCUCCGCGAAAAGAUUCUUCAAAUGGAUUUGCCCGGUGCCGCUCUAAUCAUGGCGGCUGUCGUUUGUUACAUACUAGCAUUGCAGGACGCCGGUGUCGCCAAAGCCUGGAACUCGCCGACAGUCAUUGGCUUACUUGUCGGAUUCGGAUUAAUUGUCAUUGCCUUUGGCUUGGUCGAAUAUCUGCAGAAAGAUCGAGCUUUGUUUCUGCCGCGGCUUAUGAAAGAUCGAACGAUGAUCGUAUGCUGUGCUUUUACUGGAGUAUUCGGCGGUUCUUUUUUUGUCUUAUUAUACUACCUUCCAAUAUAUUUUCAGUCCGUCCAAGGCGUCUCCGCAUCCGACAGCGGAAUUCGAAACCUACCUUUCAUCAUCGCCAUGACCCUUUUCAUCGUACUUUCCGGCGGUGCCCUCACAACCUUCGGUUACUUCACGCCCUUCUUCAUAGCAGGCGCAGUUCUCACGACUAUCGGAAGCGGGUUACUAUAUACCCUAGACAUCGGUUCACCCUCAUCUCACUGGAUAGGAUUCCAGAUUCUGGCCGGCAUCGGUCUUGGGAUCAGCUUCCAGGCGCCGAUAAUGGUUGGACAAGCACUCGCUGAAGAUGAAGACGUCGCAACUGUGACGGCAAUUUUGAUGUUCAUCCAAACAAUCGGCGGCGCCCUCCUCGUCUCCGCCGCAAACGCAGCAUUCGUCAACACACUCAUCUCAGAACUACGCAAGAACGUCCCAAGUAUCGAUCCCCUGCGCGUUAUCCUAGCCGGAGCAACUGGUCUACGUGACGCUUUCACCGAGGAACAGCUUCCUGGAUUAUUGGUAUCGUAUAUGGCUGCCUUGAAAGUCACUUAUGCUAUUGCCAUCGCUACCAGUGGAGGAGCAGUGCUGAUUGCUUUCUUUUCUCCGUGGAGGAGCAUUAAGGGGAAGGUUUCUAUGGGUGUUGCUUGA